AUGGUUAUGUACGAAGUAUUUUCUGGCGUUUCUCCUUUCAAAGAUGUUGAUUGUGAUAAUGAUAAUGAAAGCCAAUCCCUUGCGAUAAGAGUAUGUAACGGGGAGCGACCAGAAAUUCAAGGUCUGCCUCCCUUAAUAGUUGAAUUGAUAAAAAAAUGUUGGGAUUCUGAUCCAACAAAACGACCAUCUGCAGAAGACCUGUCCGCAUAA